AUAGUAAAAAUAACUGCCGCAGUAAUAACAAUGUCUAAUUACUCUAAUAGCACUGAACUUACAAUUACUGAUAAUUCAAAUGAAUGGAUUAAUUUAAUUGAAGAAUCUAUUGCGAAAAAACAAAUUAAAUAUUAUGAUUAUAAUCAUUUUAAUAAUAUACAAGAAAUUGGUUUUGGAAAUUUUGGAAAAGUUUAUCGAACAAAUUGGAAAAGUUAUCAUGGUCAUUUAGCAUUGAAAUCUUUUUUUAAUUUUAAUGCCAUGGCCAAAGAAAUUGUUAACGAACUUAAACUUCAGCGUGAAAUUGAUUUUCAUGAAAAUAUAAUUCGAUUUUAUGGCAUUACAACAGGUAUUAUAAAUAUUUAA